AUGGAGGUUACCAGACCGCUUAAGGCUGCAAUUGCAGUAUUAUCCGCUAACCCCCUUCACGUUUUACUCGUCUAUCUAGCUGUUGCAAUUGUCAUCUUCUCUGUGCUGCUAUCUCUGUACCGUGUCACGCUUCAUCCUUUGGCGAAAUACCCAGGCCCUCUGCGCUACAAACUUUCCAAUUGGCCCUUGAUAUUCCAAUGCAUUGGCGGCAACCGGCACAUCUACCACUUACAAGAUCAUGAGAAAUAUGGUCCCAUUGUCCGCAUCGGCCCGAACGCUCUCUCAUAUAAUACGGAAACGGCUCUCAACACCAUAUACGGCCCGCAAAAGACCAACGUCCGGAAAUCGGAGUGGUAUAGAACCGUUGAUGGGGCCUCUGGCGCCUUCUCGGUUUUUUCUGAGAUUGACAAGCAAAAGCACGCUGUGAGGCGCCGCUUUAUCGCCCACGCCUUCUCUUCGAACGCGCUUAGAGCUUCGGAGCCGUUCAUCUCGGAGAAUGUGAUCAAGUUCUGCGACCUGCUGGCACCAUCAGCGGGCAGUGAGUGGAGCGAGAAGAGAAAUAUGAGCGCAUGGACUAUGUACCUAGGUUUCGAUGUCAUGGGCGACCUAGCUUUUGGCAAGCCGCUCAACUGCCUCGGAAGUGAAGAGCACCGGAAUUUUUCGAGGUCUCUCAUAAAUGCUAACAAAUACAUGUACUGGUUCCCAUUUCUACCUGGGGCAUGGCUACUGGCUCCCAUAAUGAACAGCAAACUCAUGGAAUACAUCGGCGGUGACGCGGUGACAGAUAACAUCCGUCUCGUCAACUACGGGCUUGAAAGCCUCCAAUCCAAGAUCGCAGCCGAAAAAGCCGCCAAAGCCGAGGGCAAAGAGAUACGCAAAGAUAUGAUGCACCACCUUCUCGCAGCGCAGGAUCCCAAAUCCGGAUUGAAGCUCUCCUCAUCUGAGCUCACUGCAGAAAGCGUCCUCUUCAUUGUCGCCGGAUCCGACACCGUGGCCACCGCAAUGGCAGCCUCGUUCUUCUACCUCACCCACAACCCCUCUGCGCUGGAGAAAGCCACCGCCGAAGUCCGGCGUGUCUUUUCCUCUAUCGAGGACAUCCACAGUGGCCCUGCGCUCGACUCUUGCGCCUACCUCCAAGCCGUCAUGGAAGAGUCCUUACGGCGCACGCCCCCUAAACCGAGCCAUGUUCCCCGCGAGGUGCUGCCCGGCGGCAUCAUCAUUGACGGCCACCACAUCCCCGCUGGCUACGUAGUGGGCGUCCCCGCGUAUUCUAUUCACCACAGCGAGGACUAUUAUCCUGACCCGUGGUCCUUCCGCCCCGAGCGCUGGAUAGUUGACGAGAAGGCUGGCAUCAGCGCUGAAUCAGUCGCGCUGGCUACCCGUGCCUUCUGCCCCUUCAGCCUCGGGAUCAGGGGCUGUAUUGGCAAGAAUCUGGCCUAUUUGGAGUACAAGCUCACGCUGGCGCACGUAUUGUGGAGAUACGAUUUCCGUCAGGCGCCCGGUGAGACGCUGGGGGAAGGGAGCCCGGAUCUGGAGGAGGGUAGAAAGAGAGUAGAUGAGUUCCAGAUGGUCGAUUGGAUUGGCGUCGCGAGAGAUGGUCCAAUGGUGGAGUUUAGGCUUGCAAAGCGUUGA